AUUAAAUAUAAAAUGGUUCAUCAAAUAGCAAUAGAUAAGUCAGAAAAAGAACAUUUCUGAAUAAGUUCAUCGGUGACAUAUGAGAACAGUCUAACCUAAACUAGUGAAAAGAAAGUCUUUAAUAAGGAAGUCAACGAUGAAAUCAACACUGACUAAGUGUGGCAAAAGGGGAUACAAGAUGAAAUGGCUGAUCGUGCUCCAGAUAUGCUACCUUUGCCUUGGGACAACAAAGGCAUCGUUGAACUACAGACCCAUUAUAGGGGUCCUCUCACAGUCAGUGAAUCAAACUGGAGCUUCAAGUAACAAGGGGGAGACAUUCAUACUUCUGACAUAUAUCCAGUACCUUGAGAUGGCAGGGGCACGGGUGGUUCCUAUCAAGAUAGGAGAAUGCAAGGAGUACUAUGAAACUCUCUUUAAGUCAUUGAAUGGGGUGUUGUUUCCUGGAGGGAAUGUCAGCUUGAUAAAGUCAGGAUACGCCUGUGAAGGGAAACUUUUUUAUGAACUUGCCAUUGAGGCCAAUAAGAGGGGUGACUAUUUCCCUAUCUGGGGCACAUGCCAAGGCUUUGAACUACUAUCAACCCUGACCCCUGGUAGAGAUGUCCUGAUACCUUGUCAUGCCUGGAACAUCAAGUCUGCACUCAAUAUGUCAAAGGAUUUUCGAGAUAGCAGGUUGUAUAGAAAUAUAGAUGACGCCACUCUCAAAUUUCUGACCAAAGAGGAAACAACUCCUAAUUUCCACAACUGGUGCCUGACACCCGAGAAUUUCAACCUGACUCCUGCUCUGAAGUCCUUCUAUAGAGUGAUAUCCACAAACAAGGACCGCAAGGGAAAGGAGUACAUUUCUACAAUGGAAGCCUACAAUUAUCCAUUCUACGGAACACAGUGGCACCCCGAGAAGAACAACUUUGCUUGGACGCCAUCUUUUAAUGUUGAUCACUCAAUAGAUGGAGUAAAAGUGGGCCAAUAUAUGGCAAACUUCUUCGUAAAUGAAGCGAGAAAAAGCCAGCACAAAUUCCUGAAUGUCACCAGGGAGCAAGAUGCGUUUAUCUACAACUAUAGACCAGAAUAUGUCAAAGACGGCCAAUACAACAUCAGGUAUAUCUUUGAUAAAGGCGCACCUACACCAGAAUGUUCAGUUGAUGGCAAGCAGAAACCAGCCAUCGCAUGUGACGAGACAAUGUUUGCGCGAUUCUACCACCAGAAAGACUUGAUCUACUAGUGUCAUUGAUGCAUGCAAUUUCGAAACUUUACAAUAGGACUCAGUUCUUUCAUAUACAUUACAAUUAACAUUUUGAAGAUAUUAUAUAUAUCGAAAGUAUAUAAACAAACCAAGUACAGUGAUCUUACAACAUAAAAGUAAACUUAUAAUGCAGCUAGUUGAAAUCUAUAUUUUGACAUUUUUCAGUCACAAAAGACGAACUUAGAAAACUGCUGUAUUGUAAUAAUAAAUAAUUAUGUUCUAACCUCUCCUUCUUUAGACUUUGCUUUUCCUGUACAAUCC